UCGAUAAAUCCAAAACCUGAAUGAUUUGUGGAGCAGGUAUUAGAGCUUGGAAUAGUGACCCACUCAGUGAUAAUUGGGAUAUCGUUAGGGGCAUCUGAGAAUCCAUCCACCAUACGCCCUCUAAUUGCAGCUUUGACAUUUCAUCCCUUUUUUUGAAGGAAUGGAUCUUGGAGGAUGCAUAGUUCAGGCGAGGUUCAAGAGCAGAUCGACAGCGCUAAUGGCGUUCUUCUUUUCUAUAACUACACCGCUUGGAAUUGCAGGGGGAAUCGCAAUUUCAUUGACAUAUAAUGAAAAUAUUCCAACAGCUCUAAUUGUUGAGGGAAUGUUCAACUCAGUCUCUGCAGGAAUUCUGAUAUAUAUGGCUGCAUUAGUGGAUCUUCUUGCAGCAGAUUUUCUUGGCUCAGGAAUGCAGACCAAAGUGGGGCUUCAACUGCGGUAUUAUGCUUCUCUUUUGUUAGGAAUCGGUGCCAUGUCUUUGUUGCCCAAAUGGGCUUAAUCUAGUUAAAUCAAAAGAUUAUGUUAUAAUGAUAGCUUAAACAGUAAUGUUGUCAUCAAUCCGUCACUUUAAACCAAAUUGGUGUGUUCAAACCAACAAUAUCUGAUCAUCUGUUGGAUCAGAUUAGUUUCUAGCUAUUUUGUAAAGGAUCCAAUGACUUCUAUCUUAAUCGGUUUACAUUCCCUCUGCUUAAAGAUUAAGGUUUUCUUUUAAUUUUUCAAUGCCAAAAGAGUGAGUUUGAACCCACGAUCAGUUUCUACAAGAAAUUUGGUUUUCAUUUGACAUCCAAUAUGUCGGACAUAGAGAUGGAAAGGGGUGAUGGAAAAGAGUUAGGUUGUCUAUUCAGUUUCAGAAUGUAUAUUUAAUGGUAUUUAUUAAUUAAAAAUAUAGAUGGAAUGAAAUUAUGUCGA